UCAGAUUCAUCCCUCUCUCAUACAACCAUGCCGAUUCCCAGGCUUCAGCGCUCAGGCUUGUUCUGACGCUGAACCCGCAGUGGGAGGGCCCGGACAACAAGAUCGAGUUCGUGCGCUUCACGGACGGCAUCACGAAUACUGUGUGUUUCUUCUAGUGGAUCGUAAUCAAGCGGGCGCAGAGCUGUGAACUAAUCUCGACUCUUUUCUAGCUUCUCAAAAUCAUUAAUCGGAAACCUGGCUGGACCGAGGAACGAAUAGACAACGAAGCAGUACUGAUGAGAGCGUACGGUAACCACACAGAGAUCCUCAUAGACCGCGAAAGAGAAACCACAUCCCAUGCGCUUCUGGCCAGCCGUGGCCUGGCUCCUCCUCUUCUGGCUCGCUUCCAGAAUGGGCUUCUCUACCGGUUCAUUCGUGGCCGUUCAGCAACCCAUUUGGACCUGGUCAAGCCUCCGCUCUGGCGCGGCGUUGCCCGAAGGCUCGGACAAUGGCAUGCGGUGCUGCCUACCGGUGGACAUAGCGCGUCUAGUUCAUCUGCCAAAGAGCUCCCCUUAUCCCACCAAGUAGAUGUCGACGAUCAACACCAACACAAGCAAGAAGAUGAUUUGGAUCCCAUCAAGCCCCGAGUACCGGGUCCCAACAUGUGGACUGUUCUGCAGAAAUGGAUCCUUGCUCUUCCCACCACGACAGAAGAGCAGCGUGCCCGGAGAUGUGACUUGCAGAAGGAGCUGGAACGUGUGGUGCGUGAGCUGGAUGAUGGACGGGGUCUUGGUGACGACGGACUGGUCUUUGCCCACUGUGACCUUCUCUGUGCCAACGUGAUCGUCCUACCGUCGCAGUGUCCCGCCACUGCCGCAACCUCAGACAAAGAAGCGUUAAACGUGCAGUUCAUCGAUUAUGAAUACGCGACCCCAUCUCCAGCCGCCUUCGACAUUGCCAACCACUUUGCCGAAUGGGGCGGAUACGAUUGCGACUACAGCAUGAUGCCGACGCGGUCCGUCCGCCGACAAUUCCUGACCGAGUAUGUCAGAAGCUACGGCCAAUUCCGGGGUAUUCCCGAAUGUGCCCAGCAGGAGAUUGUCGACCGAUUAUAUGAGGAUGUCGAUCGAUUCCGUGGUAUUCCCGGAUUAUACUGGGGCGUGUGGGCACUCAUCCAAGCGCAGAUCUCACAGAUCGACUUUGACUAUGCUUCGUACGCAGAGCUCCGACUGGGAGAAUACUAUGCCUGGCGACGAGAAGUGGAUGGCUCUCGGGCUCAGGCGGGCGAAGAGAUGCCCCUCCGAGAACGUCGGUGGGCAGAGUCUUAGUCCGCGUUACCCAGUCCUGUCUUGUAUAUAAGCAACUUACUUCGCAUAGAGCAAGAGCAUAGCAUAGCAUAUGCAUAUGGCCUGCUUUUGCUUCUUACAAGGGUUUCAACAAUAUCCUUGAGGUUGGCGGUUCAGCGUUAAGCAUGAUGACAGCGCUUGUCUUCAACGACGCAUGUGUCUGCGUCUACUGGUGUUAAUACAAAAGCAUAUCAGAUAUCCUCUCGUUGUAUUCAUUCUGUGAUACUAUUUCAGCUUGUGACGAGAUGUUUCUUUCUUUCGAGGGUCACCCCAUGAAUAGUAAUAUAUUUCAUCCUAAAACA